AUGUUUGAGAAAACGAAACAAAGCAAUCUCAACCCGUCUUCAAAUUGCAUGAGCUCAAAAAAAGAAAAGGCAAAAAAAUUAUUUAUGCAAGCAUUAAACCAUGAACGUGAUGAAAAUUAUUUAAAGGCAACCAAGUUUUACCAAGAAGCUGUGAAACUUUACCCCAAUAUUCUCAAAAUAUACAUUAAUGACAACAACGAACACGAAGAUAAGAACAAACCUGCUGAAGAGAAUAAUGAACAAGAGCAGAACGAGUAUUUAAUUCAUAUAUUAAUGGAGAAUUUUUUUUCAAUAAUAAAAUUCCUAGAUUUUUAUUCUAUGCAUAGAUUUCUUUUUUUGUGUAAAAGUAUAUACACCAAUGGGUCAGCUGAAAAUGAAUAUAAAAGAUUGUGUGACAAGAACUUUUCGAAUUGUGAAGAAAAGAGGAAACUGUAUGGAAAUUCUUUCAAGAGGUUAUUGUUAGAGUAUCCCCGCAUUAGGCACGAUGGCGUUUACAUCAGCUGUGUCACAUAUAUAAGGUCUUUGAAGGACAUUGGGAAUAUUCACUUGGAUCCAAAGGACAGGGAUAGAAUAAUUUACAAUCCGUGUGUAGUUACCUACUUUCGUUAUCUACUAUUUUUUAAUGAAUCGAAUAAAGUGUUAGUGAUGCGAUCUGAGGUAAACAAGAAGGAUGUUUUGGAAGCUUUAAAAAUAUCUUAUGGAAAAAUAAAGAAUUGGAAUUUGUCCUUACCACUUAGCGACUUAAUUAAAGAUUUGACAAAAUUUCAAGGAGAAGCUGAAAAUAGCUUGGUUAAAAUGAUAAGGAUAGGUGAAUAUACAUUUAAGAGAAAUGAAAAAGUUAUCGAAAUACAUUAUCCAGAAUCGUUAAAUGAACCAGAGAAAUAUAAAAACAUUAUUCAGCUCUGUUUGCAAAAUUACUUGAGCGCUAACAAUAACAUGUUAAAGUGGGUUUCCUUUAAAAUUUUAUCGAAACUUGAGUUGAACUAUUCGGAGGACACACUGAACAUUAAUAAUAGACAAUACAGGCCCUUCUUCUUCUUUAAUUUGAAGUUCCUGUCUCACCUAUUUAUAACAAAAAUGCCAGAGAUUUAA